GCUCCACUUUCAUAUCUGAGGUCACUGGUAUCGGAGGGAAGAAGGACUCUGGGAAAAUAAUCAUUGUUUUGAGUCGUUGGGAUAACUGGUCGCCUAAGUUUUUAAAGUGAGAAAUGGAAACGAUGUCUGUUACAAGAUAAACACAUAUUAGGUUCCACACGUUGCCUCCGAUCUUACAGCACCUCUGUCUUUCUGCAGUACCUUUGAAGUAGGUGCAAAUGCCAAACACUUAGACAGAUCUACUUCUCCUUACAAGAGGGUGCGAAAACCAAGUUGCCAUGGGAAACCAGUUGACAGAGAUUGCCCCCAAUACAACGUUCCUGCCUAACUUCCAGUCCCUCCACGUUGUGGUCAUUGGUUUGGACUCUGCAGGCAAAACCUCGCUUCUCUACAGACUGAAGCUGAAGGAAUUUGUUGAAACUAUCCCAACCAAGGGAUUUAACACUGAGAAGAUUAAAGUUCCUGUGGGAAAUGGCCGUGCCAUUACCUUCCAGGUGUGGGACGUGGGUGGUCAGGAGAAGCUUCGGCCUUUGUGGAAGUCCUACACGCGGCGCACGGACGGCAUGGUCUUUGUAGUGGACUCCACGGAGGUGGAGCGCAUGGAGGAGGCUAAGGUGGAGCUGCACAAGAUCACACGCACGUCAGAGAACCAAGGAGUGCCAGUGCUGGUGUUGGCUAACAAACAGGACCUUCCAGUUGCGCUGCCUGUUUCUGAAGUGGAGAAGGUUUUGGCUGUUCAUGAACUGAGUGCCUCCACCCUGCACCAUGUGCAAGGAUGCAGUGCAGUCGACGGGCAGGGGUUGGAGCCGAGUUUGGAAAAACUGUAUGAAAUGAUCCUCAAACGAAAGAAAAUGGUGAAGCACAGCAAGAAAAAAAGAUGAGCUGAACAGGACGGCAUAUUUGCGAAGCUCCUCGGUUGUAGGAUUUUGCAUCGAAUCCCUGAAUGAAGGAAAGGCUCCAGAUGGCCCAGUGGUCAGGAGAAAACAGAUUUGACCUUUAUGUGUCACACAGUAUUGAACUGCUUUCUUCCAUGCCUAGUAAUUGCUGUGCAGCUCCCCUUUGUAAUCAAGGAAAAUGUGAUGGCAGUGAUAGGCUGUAGUUUCAGCAGAAUAUAAGCCUACGUCCUUGCCUUUUUUUCUUUUUUCAAGCAAGAAAGAGACUAAAUUAUAGCUUGGCAACAUUUUCACCAGACUUCAGACAUCAUUUUUUUCCACAAACUUUAAGUUGAUUGCCAGUGCCGCUAUAAUAAAAGGCCAUAUAAAUGUCUCGAAUCCCUGAGAUUCACUCUUCACAGAUGUACAUUUAAGUUUUGUUUUUACAUGCUGUAAAUAGUUUUUGUAAUGCUGUAGAAUUAAUAAAUUAUAGACUGCUUUGACACA